AAGGAAUCGCUUUUUUUGUCCCCAACGCGAUGCCGUAACUUUGCCGUAAAGUGUUGCUGAUUGUCGCAGUCUUCUCUUCAGCUGCAGAGGUCACAACAAGUCGUUCAGCAUGGGAGGCGAUCACGGCCACAGCAAGCUGUCCAUGCCGGACUGGCGACAGUGGAAGACAGAAGGAACGCCGCUGGAGUUCACGCAGAAGAGACUGGCGGCCAGAGGCCUCAAAGACCCGUGGGCACGCAACGAGGCGUGGCGGUAUUCAGGCGGCUUCGCCCGGGGCGUGACUCUAUCAGAGGUGCUGCUGAGAGGAUUUAAGUGGGGCUUUGCUGCAUUUACUGUCGCUCUGGCCAUAGAGUACACCAUGUUUCCUCCAAAGAAAGGGGGACACUGAUUCUCCUCCCUGGAGCAAGCACCAUAUGUAAAGUGAUCCUGUGAUAUUCUGUAUUCUUUGGUUUAAUUAAAUCUCUGUUGAUAACC